GUCAAAGGGUCAGCGUCUCUGACUGGCUGAGGGGAAGACGCCGGGCGGUAAAUGGCGCUGCAGGCGGGAAGGUUGAGUGGCUGUUACGCCGAGCCUCCGGGGAGAUGUGUAGUGACUUCCAUAGGGCUGAAUCUGGGACGGAGCUCCUUGCCCGACUGGAAGGUAGAAGUUCCUUAAAAGAAAUAGAACCACAUCUGUUUGCUGAUGAAGAGUCACCUGUGCAUGGUGAUAUUCUUGAAUUUCAUGGUCCAGAAGGAACAGGAAAGACAGAAAUGCUUUAUCAUUUAACAGCACGAUGUAUACUUCCAAAAUCAGAAGGUGGACUGGAAGUAGAAGUCGUGUUUAUUGAUACAGAUUACCACUUUGAUAUGCUCCGGCUUGUUACAGUCCUUGAGCAUAGACUAUCCCAAAGCUCUGAAGAAAUAAUAAAACGCUGCCUUGGGCGAUUGUUUUUGGUAUAUUGCAGUAGUAGCACCCAGUUACUCCUCACCCUGUGCUCGCUGGAAACCAUGCUCUGUAGUCAUCCCUCUGUCUGCCUUUUGAUUUUGGAUAGCCUGUCAGCUUUUUAUUGGAUAGACCGCAUCAACGGAGGAGAAAGUGUUAACUUACAGGAGUCUACUCUGAAGAAGUGUUCUCAACUCUUAGAGAAGCUUGUAAACGAGUAUCGGUUGGUUCUCUUUGCAACAACACAAAGUAUAAUGCAGAAAACCUCACACCCGGAGGAAGGGCCUUCCUGUGCCUUUAAUCGCCUAAGUGAUGUGGAUGUAGACUAUAGACCCUAUCUCUGUAAGGCGUGGCAGCAGGUGGUGAAGCACAGAAUACUUUUCUCCAAACAAAAUGAUUCUAAAGCUGGCAACCAGUUUUCUUUAGUUUCACGUCAUUUAAAAAGUAACAAUUUAAAAAAACACUUUUUUACUAUUGGAGAAAGUGGUGUUGAGUUUUGUUGAUGUGUAUCAUAAAACAGUCUUUUGUCAGAUCUUAUGCAAGUUUUAAAAAGGUUAAUAGGCUAAAAUGAUUUGAUUCUAAAAUUUUAAACUAAACUUUGCUCAGUGGCAGUAUCAUAGCCAAUGAGGUUUAUCCGAGGCACGAUUAUUGCUAAUUGAAACUAAACUCUAAGGGAAUCUAACAUAACCACGUUUCUACACAGAAUGGAUUUCUUAAACUGGAACCUUAGACUGUUCUGUUCCUGGGUUGUUGAAGGUUAUUCAGAGUGAUAAUAAUAAUAGUUAAACUACAUUAAGUUGUUUUAAAACUAAAUAAAUAAAAUAGACAUUUCAGUCCAAAUAAAAUGGAGUUUUCUAACUUUGUGUCACAUUUCUGGAACUCAGUUAAAUACUUGUUUAGGAAAGUUGAAACGCCUUUCUGAUUUUUCAUAUGUAACUCCUUUAAGAAACUGUGAACUUGGAAAAUGUUUCUAUGGAGCUGUUAUUUCUGUAAAGGGAGGGAGCCUACCCAAUCUGCCAUUCACACCCAAGACUGCGGGAAGUCAGAGCAUUCUGAUCUGUCAUACUGAAUCCCAGGAUGCAGCUGCAUUGUGGUUGGGUUUCUGUAUAACUGUUGAAUCAUGGGGAAAUGAGAUACCCAUUCAGAGAAUUCUGUGAAGGUUGAAAUUCAUCUUUCUUGUUAAGUAACUUGUUUGUUGUUGUUGAGUCACUGCCAUGUUCAACUCUUUGUGACCCCGUGGACUGCAGCAUACCAGGCUU